AUGGAAAACUUUUGCAAUUUUGGUGAGAUAAGUUUCAGUGCAAUUGAGGACAAACUUAGUUCAUCCAAUGAUACUUUCUGGCAUACCAAAAAAGUUACUGCAAUGAAAAAUGUUCAAUUUUCUGUAGCAGAAGAUCAAGGAGACCAUAAUGGCAUUGAGUCUCUUCGCUCAAAUUUUGGUUUCUUUCCGCAAGAAGAAGAGUUACUUCUUUCCACUAAUCAACAAAAGUUUCAUCAUCAAGAUUAUGAACCUUUUGAUAAUCUACAAUUUGAUAUGGUUCAAUUUGAUGAACAGUUUGAAACCAAAACUCUUCCACUUUGUGACACAAAAAAGGGCAAACAAUAUUACCAAAAUACCCCUUUAGCUGCACCAGUUGAAAUAUUGAAGAAUUAUGGCAAAGGAUUCAAGAGGUUAUUACCUGAUGAAGGAAAAAUCCUUCAUCCUGUCAAUGAUUUUGGUUUAGUCACGGAUAAUGAAAAUGAGAGAAAGUUGUCGACCACAGAUAUCAUGAAGAUAGCUGGAACUAAGUUCAUACAAUCAUCAUCUUCAUCAGAUCAUUCUGCAUCAGGUUUGAUUCUUAAUCACCCUUUUGGUUUUUCUUUCUCCGGUCUAUCCGAUGAAGAGAAAGAAGAUAUUUCACUUGCUGAAUCACUCUUAACUUGUGCUGAGAAAGUUGGAUAUCAACAAUUUGAACGCGCUAGAAAAGUUUUAUCACAAAUUGAGUCUUUAUCUUCGAAGACAGGUAACCCGGUUAAGCGCGUGGUUCAUUAUUUUGCCGAAGCUCUUCGUCAAAGAAUCGACAAAGAAACAGGUAGAGUAUCUAUUAACAAUAUGCAAAAGAAGGAAUCUUUAUUUGAUCCUGAAGCGGAAACCAAGGAUCUAAAUCCGACCCUUGUCGCGUUUAUUGAAGAUCUUCCAUUUUGUAAAGUUGCAAUGUUCACAUGUGUACAAGCUUUAAUAGAAAAUGUAACUGAUGCAAAGAAGAUUCAUGUUAUUGAUCUCGCAAUUCGAAAAGGGUUACAGUUGGCAAUCCUAAUGCAAGCGCUUCAAUCGAGAAACGAAUGUCCACUCGAGCUUCUAAAGAUAACAGCUAUUGAGAGCGGAAACACAGACACUUCAAAGCUUGCAGUCGAAGACACUGGUAAGAGAUUGAAAGAAUUUGCGCAAAGUUUGAACAUACCUUUUUCAUUUGAUAUAAUUAUUGUAUCUGAUUGGUUAAACCUAAGAGAAGAUCAUUUUAAGAUAGAUUCAGACGAAACUGUUGCGGUUUAUUCUCAAUUUGCGCUUAGAUGCAAGAUUCAACAAUCCGACCAGCUUGAAACAGUCAUGAGAGUGAUUAGAACUAUAAAUCCAACAGUAAUGGUUGUCGCCGAGAUUGAAGCAAAUCACAAUUCUAAAUCUUUUGUUAACCGUUUCAUCGAAGCACUUUUCUACUUUAGUGCAUUUUUCGAUUGUUUAGAGGAUUGCAUGAAAGGCGAUGAGAAAAAUAGAAUGAUUAUGGAAUCAAUGUAUUUUAGUCAUGGUAUAAGGAAUAAUGUAGCUGAAGAAGGAGCUGAAAGAAAGAGUAGAAAUGUGAAGAUUGAUGUGUGGAGAGCAUUUUUUAGUAGAUUUGGAAUGGUUGAGACAAAAUUGAGUAUGAUAUCUUUGUAUCAAGCUGAAUUGGUUGCUAAAAGAUUUUCUUGUGGAAGUUCUUGCACAUUUGAUAUGAAUGGUCAUUGUCUUCUUGUUGGAUGGAAGGGAACACCUAUUAAUUCUGUUUCUGUUUGGAAAUUCAUUUGAUAUAUUUGGUAAAUGCAAGUGAAUUUUUGUUUCUUAUUGUUCAAAAAUUUAUGUGAAGUUAGUUCUUAUUGUUAAAAGUAAUUUAUGUUUUUUUUGCUAUAUGAAUGGUAGAGACUACAAUACCUAGGUCACUACUAUCUUGAUUUGGCUUCAUGAUACUACUUUAAAUUUAUAACUACAUUUUUCUUUUAAUC